AUGAUUGGACUCUGCUUGUUUGGAUUUCUAAAAGUGUCCUAUUGCUAUUACAGAUCAGGAGGACUGAGAACAACGAAGGUAUGCCCGUUAAAAAGCUAUGAAUCUGAAUCUAAGAGAAAACUGGCAGUGUACUCCUUAGAUGAAGCGAAACCUAGGCCUAGUAUCCCAGAAAUCAAUGCAGCGGCUGGAAGGAAAUUCUUUGAAGGUGACAUUCUCUUGCCGCUAGAGAAAAAUGCACUGAGGAACAACUCUUACAGAUGGAAACUACCAAUUCCUUACAUAAUGGGUGACAGCUUGGACCUGAAUACUAAGGGUGUUAUCCUGCAGGCAUUUGAGAUGUUUCGACUGAAAUCUUGUGUUGACUUCAAACCCUAUGAAGGGGAAAAGUCCUAUCUCCAAUUUGAAAAACUGGAUGGAUGCUGGUCAUACGUGGGUGAUUUUCAGACUGGCCAAUUUCUUUCCAUUGGAUUCGGUUGUGAAUAUAAAGAUACUGUGGAGCAUGAAAUUCUGCAUGCACUGGGGUUUUAUCAUGAACAAUCACGGAGUGACCGAGACGAUUAUGUUAAGAUUUGGUGGAAUGAAAUUACUGAAGGUCAGGAGUAUAACUUCAACAAAUAUGAUGAUAGCUUCACUUCUGACCUAAACACCCCUUAUGAUUAUGAAUCCAUCAUGCAUUAUAGACCUUAUUCAUUCAACAAGAACAGUAGCAUUCCGACAAUUACAACUAAAAUUCCAGAAUUCAAUGAUGUAAUUGGGGGAAGCCAGGAUUUGAGCAGGAUAGACCUACAAAGACUGAAUCGAAUGUACAACUGUGCUUCUAGCCUUACCCUCCUUGACCAGUGCUCCUUUGAGUCCAUUAAUAUCUGUGGCAUGGUGCAGAAUAGAAAUGAUGAUGCUGACUGGGAGCAUACGUUGACUACGCCGGUUGAUAAGGACCACACCUUGUUGGGCCGCUGUGCAGAGAGGGGAUAUUAUAUGCACCUGGAUACCACAGUAGGGCAUUCGGGUGAAUCAGCCGUUUUGGAGUCCCGCAUCUUCUACCCAAAGAGGAAAGAAAAGUGUCUACAGUUUUUUUACAAAUUCGAUGGCAGUCUACAAGAUGCGCUCAUCAUCUGGAUUAAAAGCGAUGAUGGAACUGGAAAUGUUAGGAAGACACUGAAACUGCAGACGAUCUAUGCGGAUGGAGAACGACACUGGACAUUAGCAUCCAUUUCCUUUAACAGCCAGUCCAAAUUCCGCUACGUUUUUCAUGGCAUCCGAGGAGACCCAACCAACUCUACUGGUGGAAUUGACAUUGACGAUAUCAGUCUGACUGAGACACAGUGCCCCACUAGUGUCUGGCAAAUAAGGAACUUCACUUCGCUUUUAAAUACGACCUCCAAAGGAGACUAUAUUUCAAGCCCCUUAUUCUAUAACUCAGAGGGCUAUUGCUUUGUGGUCAGGCUCUAUCCCCAUGGCUCACCCAGCUCAGUUAGCGGCUACUUCAGAAUUGGGUUUUCUCUUUGUAGCAGCGAGAAUGAUGGAAUUCUAGAGUGGCCAGCUGGGAAUAGGCAAGUGACAUUCACCAUAGUGGAUCAAGAUCCUGACAUCACUCAAAGGAUGUCAUCCAGCCGAGGUUUUACCACAGACCCUAAUCAAAUGCAUAAUGGUACACUUCUUUGGGAUAAACCAUCUAUUACCGGAACUUUUGAUUCUUCCUAUAACCGCUACAUAGGCCCCAAUUGGGGCUGGAAUUACAUCAUACCAAAGAGUGGAUUGCUUCGGAGGAGUUUCAUUAAAAAUGACAAUAUGAUCAUCUUUACAAAUUUUGAAGUCAUUGGAGAACCAGAUAGUGUGUUAUGA